AUGCCUGGAACUCGAGCAAUAGAACGGAACAAUGUCCCCUUACCAGUUACUGCGCAGAAAACCUAUACAUUUACAGCCCGAAUUCCUUCGCAAUGCAACAGUAUGAAUCGAAACAAUCUUAUCGGUGAUAAAGUCUCUCGAAAAUCGAAUGUCUCAUCGAAAAAUCUGUCAACGACAACAUUAACACAAAAUCCCACAAUGUUAUCAUCUCGACGUUCACAUCCAAAUGAAGUUUCAACACCAAGAGGACGAUCGAACACCGAUGUACAAUCCGUAACAUCAUCAGCCAACGGACUGAAACAGCAGCAGCAACAGUUAAACGGAUCAGGUAGUGAUAAAUCUGUGAAUCACAAUCAACAACAACGACAAUCCCCUCCACCACCACCAAAAACUGAAUGCACAUUGCCGUCAUCGGGCUGUCAAGCAGAGUGUGUCACACCUUCGAAAUUGUUCAAUAUGAUGGGCUAUGGGUUACAGAAUCAGUACUUAUUCAUGCAUGUUCAUUAUUUAUAUCUUAUCGAUUGUCGAUCGAGGGAAGAUUUUAAUCAGAGUCAUAUCAUCACAGCUAUUCAUUGGGAAGACGCAUUGAGUGGCAAUGUUUACAUAUCCCUCGUCGAACGAUUCAGCGAAAUUGUCCUAUAUGAUGCGAAAGGUGUAUCACCGAAUACAUCAAGUGAAAUGCGUCGAAUUGUCAGUCGGUUUUCUACAUCAAAUUCACGAACGUAUCCGACGUUAGCCGGCGGUUUCGAAGCGUUUCGUUUAUCAUUUCCAUUUGUUUGUACACAGUCAGAUGUACGCUCCGCAGUCGAUCGAGAGAAAUUUCUUACAAUUUAUCCGUCUGUUGUUCUUGACAAUCAACUUUAUCUUGGCACGGGUAACCAAGCGGCAAAUUGGAAGAUUGUUCGUGAUCUUAAAAUCACUCACAUUAUCAACAUUUCUAUCGAACACCAAUGUGUAUUCAAUGACAAAAUCAAAUAUCUUCACUUGGAAUUAGAAGAUAGCGAAGAUGUGUAUCUAAAAGAUUGUUUUCGCGAAGCAGUUCAAUUUAUCGAAUCAGCGCUCGAAAAUCCAUCGAACCGCGUUCUUGUUCAUUGCCAUCUGGGCAUUUCAAGGUCAACAACAUUAGUCCUCGCGUAUUUGAUGAAAACAUAUCAUGCAACUGUGCAUGAAGCUUUUCGAUUCCUGCGUCAUCGAAGACCUAUUGUUUGUCCAAAUACUGGUUUCCUUCGACAAUUGAUUGAAUUUGAAAACGAGCUCUAUGCUCAUGUUUAUACUGAUGUCAAUGAUCCGAUUUUUUAUUAA